AUGCUUGCAGUUGCAGCCUUGCCUCUUAGUUUCAAAGUUGUUUCUUUAGUGAAUGAACAAAGAAAGGUUUAUGAAUUGUACAUCAAUCUGAUUUUCCAGCUUGUAUUUGUGAUGUGGGUCUGUUUCGAUAGUGAGCUUCGAGAGUUAGGAUUGAAUGCGUUGUUGCACAUGACAAAGAGCCGAGGGAAUCGUUGCCUAGGAACAAACAAGCAGUGA